AUGCAAGUUGGUUUCAGUCCACUUCUUCUGGUUUGUAUUUUCGAACUUUCGAAACGGGGGGCAUGUUUGGUGGUAAAACGGACACCAGCGUCAUCCCCGAAUCCCAGACAAGUCUCGGGUGAACGCAUAAGUUCGUUGCUUGUUUUGCAUAUUGUUUUGCACAACGAAUUUUCAUUCUUCGAGGAAUGGGCCAGAUUCCAGACAACGGACCUUUCAGUGACCAAAAAGGUCAUGUCACAACCGAAUAGUGCUCACGAAAAUCAACAAUAUGCAAAACACUGUAAGGAGAGUUUCCUCAUUGCAACGAUAAUCGGAGUCCGAAAUUUUGUCGGUUGCAUCAUGAUCAAUCCCUUCCAGACGUUAUGUGAAGGUGAUUGGGAGAGACAUCAGCCAAACUUGAUCUCAACCACCGGGUUGGGUGAAGUUCAAGAAAAUGUCAAGCGGAAGAGGUAUACGACAAGUGAAGUGCUUUCUGGGGGCGCAUUUCCAUCAAAACUUCGGGCAAUGACAGGCUGCAUGCAGUACCCCAAUCUCCUCAUGUUUUACUCAAAGCCAACGCCGCCAAUUUUCUCAUUUCUAGCCAACCCGGGUACCAACAAUCUCCCAAUUAUGCGAGUUGGUAUUAUACCACAAUCUCUGGCCGAUGUGCAUGCCUCAACUCCCCCGAAUGUGUUUACGCUCCUGCCGUAG